AUGACGGGAUACUCUUCACAUAGUCCAUGUGAUGAAACGCUUUGUGAUGAAUUGUCUACAUUAAAUUCAUCUUCAAAUGAGACUGGAAAUGCAUCAUUAUUAAUGAGAACAGUUAAUGUUCAAUAUAUUAGUCGAGAAUACAUUUUAAGAAACGGCAAAAAUCAUUUUAUUCGUCCAUCUCAACAAUGCCGAAAAACACCGACAUCAUCUUGCUCUGUAUUGGUGACAACAUCAUCAUCAUCAUCAUCGCCAGAGAAAAUACAAACAAGUGGAAAUAUGACUGAUGUACGAACAAUUAAUGCUCCAGAGAACAUAUCGAUUUCAUCAAAAAAUUUUAUUGAUUUAAACCCACGAAAUGUUGCCAUUAUCGAACUAAUUACAACCGAACAACGUUUUGUACAUGAUAUGAACAGUAUUCUUGAGAUGUACAUAAUACCCAUGCAAGAAUGUGAAAUUUUAACAUCAUCACAUGUCGACGCUUUAUUUGUUAAUUGGCGUUCAUUAACACGUUGUCAUGAAAAAUUAGUAAACACAUUAUUAUCCGAUUUGAAAACUGAUGGCGAUGCUUUACAAAUUGGUGAUAUUCUUUGCCAGUUUUUACCACAAUUGAUUGUUGAAUACGAGGUGUAUUUUCGUUUUCAUCAUACAUCUGUCAAAUGUUUUCGUGAUAGUUUGAAUAAUUGUAUAGAAUUUCGUACGUUUAUGCAAAAAACAAAACGAAAUAGUUAUGGAAUUGGAACGUUUGGCGAUGCCAAUAUUCUAACGUUACCAUUACAAAGAGUUGCUAAAUAUCCGUUUAUGAUUUCACAGAUUCUAAAAGGUACUACAAGCGAUCAUAAGGAUAUUAGUAAACUUCGUUUAUCAUUAGAAAAAUCAAAUGAAUUACGUAAAACGGUAAAUGAUGCUCUUGGCGAAGAAAUGAAUCGAACAAAAUUUGAAUGGAUACAAAAACAUGUCGAUUGUAAAAAAAUAAAUGAGGCAAAAUCGUCUCGUUUACUUUAUGCAAUGUUAUUCAGUGAUUUUCUCUUGCUUACACGUAUAAAACGACCUUUGUUAAUGAAAAUAUUAUUAAUAAUUAAGAAAACAAACGAGCGUUAUCAACAACAACAACGGUCAUCAUCAUCUACUAAUCAUUAUUCUACAAAAGAUUGGUUUGAAUCAACAGAAUCAGACUAUUUAGAUUUGAUUGUAUACAAAAAGCCAAUUAUGUUGCAUGAAAUAAAUUGUUUAAGCACAUAUCAAGAAAAUGCAUUUCAAAUUUUAUAUCGUGGAAGACAAAUGAUUUUUUAUACUAAUAAUAAUAAUGAACGUAUGCUAUGGACAAAAUGUAUUAGUGAAGCAGUUGACACUUGUCGACAAAAACGUCGUUUGGCCACAGUUGUACAUUCACCUAUAUCAAAUUUUGAUGUGACAAAACGCCCAUCUAUUGGAAAAGUUGUAAUACAAAUUGUUUGGGCAUCAAAUUUACCAUAUUCCGGUGUAGACAAGAAUGGUAACAAUCCAUAUUGUAUUGUUGAAAUGAACAAUAAUCAGCGUCAAAUAACACCCGUUCUUUACGAUUCAGUAUUUCCAGAAUGGAAUGUAUCAUUUGAGUUUUUUAUUUGUGAUUUAAAUAAAAACAUCAUAAAAUGUUCAAUAUAUGAUCGAAAACAAUUUUCAAUUGAUCGUUUACUUGGCUAUAUUGAGCUUCCCGUUUCUUCUUUGAUUGAUCGUCAACAGCAACAACAGCGUUUUUCUACAAUGGCUCCUGUCACAAAAACAACAACAAUAUCGUCAUCAUUAAAUUCGCUUGUCACAAUAUCUUGUUCAACGAAUUUAUCAGCAGGAUUUGGCGGUGUUUCAUCUUCUAAUUGGCAAAAUUUAAUAUUACUUUUGCAACGAUCAUCAAAUGGUGCUAAAUUGUAUAUUAAGUAUCAUAUUUGUUUAAAUGAUUAA